GGGUUUCUGGUCAGUAUAUCAAGUCUUAUUUUUUUUCGUUAUUUGGGGCCUAGAGGCCUGACGAGAGCCCCGGUGUCAAGUACAUCGGUGAUGUCGUGGUGGUGUUUCCAGGACGAACUGAACUGUGCAGCGAUGCUUAGUUAGUGAAACAAUGUGGCGACGAAUGUCUUCUCGUUUGUAAAUUUCUUAUGUAAGAUGUGUUUUGUCACGAACGUGUUUAUAGCUGCAUGGUGAUGUGUUUGUCACAGCUGGGCUGCUGGUGGCGCUCAUCGGGCUUGUUGCUGUAUCUGUAUUACCAGAGAGGCACAAGAACAAGCAACAUAAAAUCUAAGAUCUGCAGCGUCGCCCGCGGAUUGUCGGAAUCCGCGGAAACUGUGUUUUUAUGACACUGGAUAUUACGGUGUCAAAAUGUAAAUGAUCAAAUAAAGUUACGUUCAUUUGCCUGUUUUUUUAUAUAAGUGGCUAAUGGGUCUAACUUAUCUGAAUGUAUUUUUAAAGUUUAUUUUGAUUUAACUACAUUUCCCCCUUCAAUUGUUUGCCAGGUUCAUUAAGAGUAGAAAUUAGUAGCAAAUUCAUAACCUAUCUGACAUAGUCUGCUACAGUUGUCUGACACAUUGUCAUAUUAUGGCUACAAUAACAUAAGUAAGGUUAGCCAAAUUCAUCUACCUGCAGUGUUUUAUACCAGUUUUGUGUCCAAGUCUUUACUGAGUGCAGGAGACCUCUUGGCAUAACCUGUAUAUUUCUUUUGGCUGAUUUCUGGAUAUCCCUCAUUGGUUAUCUGCUCUAUUUAUAUUGCUUACUAUGUCAUAAUAAGCAUAGGGAGAUGUUUAAAACUAAUCCUUUCCCUGUCCUACAGUUAAUCAUUGAGAUUUUAAUGGUUAACACAGAGUGAGAAUUAGUAGAGUUUAAAUACGCACAUGCUUGCAUACAUCAACAAUUUGUGAUUCAUGUCAGCUGUGUUUAAAGAAUAUUAAUAAAAUUUUAACGACCUGUUGAGCAUCUCUGUUGUCUUCAAGACUGCAACAAUCGUGACCGGGUGUUUUUUGUUUCUUUUGUAAAUAUUGUCAUUUGUAUAUACUGUAAAUGAUGACGUCGGUGGGACACAGCCAAGCUCGAACCAGCUUGGAGGCGACACCGAGCCAGGCACAGACCAAGCAGAGGCCUCAGGCCACAGCUGAGCAGAUCCGUCUGGCUCAGAUGAUUUCUGACUGCAGUGACACAGACUUUGAGGAGAAGGUGAAGCAGUUGGUGGACAUCACAGGCAAGAACCAGGAUGAAUCCAUGAUCGCGUUGCACGACUGCAAUGGUGAUGUGAACAGAGCCAUCAACGUGCUGUUUGAAGGCAGCCUGGACACUGAUUCAUGGGAAAUGGUGGGCAAGAAGAAAAGUGUAUCUGGGCAGAAGGAGAUUGUGCAAGCCGAGGAAAAUGGGAAGGAGAACCGGGAUCACGGAGAAGAGAAGGAAACGGCUCGCCGUCGGGGCGCGCCAUCCCGUCGUGGCCGGGGUGCCAGUCGGGGGCGAGGAGGCCAUGCUCAGGAGAACGGGCUGGAUGGCAGCAAGGGCACCGGGGCGGAACACGGGCGCCGGGGAAAGAAUCGGGGCAGAGGGGGCCCUGGCAGGCGUGGGGGCAGGUUUUCGGCGCUGGCUAUGGGCCAGAGUGAUAAGGGGACAAGAUAUGAUUUGUCAGGAGAUGAGAGCACGUUCAACCCGGCGGACUACAGAGAGCCGAAGGCGGCUGGCGGCGCCUGGGACCGCAGGAGCUGCGCCGAACCUGAAGCUGGCAACAGGCUGCUGUUCUCUGGCGUUGAAGCAGAAAGCUCCUCCAGGAGGUUCGACACGACGCCAGCUACCUGGAGGACAGCCACUGAGGACUGGGCCGAGGAUCUGGAGACCAAGGUGUUUACUGCAGCGAGCGUAGCCUCUGUGUCACCAGCCCCGCCAGCCUUCAGCAUUGCGGCCGGACAGAGGAUUGACCUGGCAGUACUGCUGGGCAAACCGACUCCAUCCUCAUCCACGCAAGCGGAACCUGUGCCACGGGAUGCCUCUCGACCACCUGCCCCCUCCCAGCCCCUGGUCUUCAGCAGCUCCCAGCAGGGCACCCCGCUGGUGCAGACCGCCCCCAGCGCCCCCUGCGGGAAGAGCAUGGCUGGGCUGCUCAGCAAGUCCUUUGGGGAGGUGGGGGAGCCCAAGACCACCUGUACAGGCAGCACUAGUGGUCCCCAGUUCCUGGAGCAGUACAAGAUGGCCCAGGCUCUGGUCCAGCUGGCAGCUCAGCACACUCAGAUGGGAUCCCCCAGCUCAGCCAGCUCCUGGGAGACUCGUUCAUCGCUGGGGCAGUACGACCGGAAGUCCCAGCUAGAUCCUUUGCUCCGCGACCCCUUCACCAAACACCCAGCUUAUCAGUCCAGCGGCUCCACGGCCUCCUCCGUGGUGGAAGCCUUCCUUCAGGACAAACCCUCCUCCUCAUCUUCCGGGUCAACUUCGUUGCCCCCCCAGACAAGCUCUGUGCUGGCUGCCCGCUCCCUGCCCCCUGUCUCCAGGGUGGUGCAGAGCCCAGGCCAACAAGUCUUCCACGGCUCCUCUAGCCCCCAGCUUCAGCAGCACAGGCUCCGGCAGCAGAAGAAAAAGAGCUCUAUCAGCACAAAGAUUCCAUCACUAGCAGUGGAGAUGCCUGCUUCGGCUGACAUGUCUGGACUCAGCCUCCAGUUUGGAGCUUUGCAGUUUGGAUCAGAACCAGUCAUUGCCGAAAAUGACUCCACGCUGGCGAGAAGCUCUCCCUGCAGUCAGGUGCAGACCAGCCUGUACAGCAGUGCCAGCAGUGAAUCGGCACCCUCCAUCUCCAGCCAGGACCAGGGCUAUCAGGGUGGAGGAGGUGCCUCGUUCCCCCCACAGGUGGCAGUGGCAGUAGGUGGGGCCGCUUUUGAUCAGAGAGCUACACAGAACCAAUGGUACCCCACCUCUGUCUCCUCAUCACCAAAGAAGGACAUGCAGCCCAUCAAGAAUGGCUUCAACUCCAGGCAGACAGGGCAGGUCCUUGAAGGUGCGGCGGGCCCUACAUUGUCUGGGAGGGCCGUCUCGGACCCUGUCAGCCCGCUCCCCGUGUCCAGCACGGCCCCCUCGGUGGAGGGUACGGUGGAGCUUCACAGCGUCCCUCUGGUACAGCCGCAGCACAGCACCACUGUCCCCGCACAGCAGAGCGGUGUGCCUUCCUCCUCCUCCACCUCAUCCUCAGCGCACAGCUCAGCUACCAUACUCCUGAACCCCAGUGUGGACAGUGAGUCUGGCCUCCACUCCUCUUUCCCCUCUUCAGUGUCCCUGAGCACAGCGAAUCCCCAUCUCGGUACCACGUCUGCCGUCAGCGGCCUGCCCGUGGCUCUCGGCGUCCCGCUGGCUUCUUCCUCCUCCUCAUCCUCAGGGGUGCACACCACCUCCAACACUUCAUCCUCCCGCAGCUUAGUGGCAUCUUCAGCGAAGGUGCCCACAAACCUCCCCCCUGGGGUGCCUCCACUGCUUCCCAACCCUUACAUGUUGACCCCCGGGCUGCUUCACCCCUACCCUCCUCAGGUCUAUAGUUAUGAUGAUCUGCAGAUGCUUCAGACCAGAAUCCCCCUGGAUUAUUACAGCAUUCCAAUCGCCUCUCCCACUACAGCCUUGGCAGGCAGAGAAGGCAGCCUAGCCAGCAGCCCUUACUCUGCGGGGGAGCUGUCCAAGUUCGGCCGCGGGGAUGCUUCAUCACCGGCACCAGCCAAUUCCCUCCCGCAGACGCAGCCGACGCAGGCGCAGCAUGGCACGCAGCAGCCCUUCCUGAGCCCUGCGCUGCCGCCUGGAUACAGCUACACUGGUCUGCCGUAUUAUGCUGGGUUGCCGAGCCUGGCUAGCCCUUUCCAGUACAGCCCAGCUGUGUUCCCGGUGACCCCUGCCUCGUCCAAGCAGCACAGUGUGAACAUUGGUGUCGGUGCCUCAGCCAGGUCCUUCCAGCAGCCUAGCGGCUACAGUUCCCAUGGAUACGGCCCAGGCUAUGAGGAACUGGGACAGACUUCGGGGAGUGGGGAAUUCUGUAAGGGUGGAUAUGGCUCUGUUGUUGCUGCAGCUGCUGCUUCUGCACAGGGCAAGCCAGCCAGUACCGUAUCUGGGCCUGGAGUUGGAGUUUCUGUCGCAUCCAGCAACACUGGGGUUCCUGACAUUUCGGGCUCUGUUUACACAAAGACUCAGUCUUUAGAAAAGCCGGCUUUCCAUGCAGCUGCAGCCGCUCCCUUCGGCCUGCCCUCUGCCUUGGGCAGCGGCGGUCCCAUCAGCCCUGCCUCAGCAGCCACCUACCCCGCUGCCCCCUUCAUGCAUGUCCUGACCCCACAUCAGCAGCCAUACUCACAGAUACUGCACCACCACCUGCAACAGGAUGCACAGGGAGCCACUGCACAGCGAACCCAGGGCUCUUCCAUCCAGCAGAAGUCCCAAGGCAGCAAGUCGGCAUACAACAGCUACAGCUGGGGUACAAACUAAUGCCCCUAUCACCUAACGUGUGACUGAUAUGUCCCACAAAGCCCCCACUGACUGCCCAUCUCCAGCCAAUAGCAGGCCCAGGUGUCACUGACAGGGAGGCCGGCACUUAAGAGUGGGGCAUUCUGGGAAGGAUGUCGUCAUGGGGACCGCAGCUGAGCAGAGGGAGAACAGACCAGUUUAAACCAGAGGAACAACAAGUGCUCCCAGUGUGUAUUGUUUUUAAUCCCCCUUUCUCACAACAGUGUAAGCAAUUUUUCUAAAAACAAAAAAUAACAAUGAAGUCUUUUUAUUUUUCUAAUCUGCUGGGGGAGAAACACAGAGGAGAGGAGAUCCCCAUUUGUCACAUUUUGAGUCUUCUGGCUUUAUUUCCCUUUGUAUCAGUUUUUAAAGAUUAAAUCUGUAAUUCUUAAAAAGAGUGCAUAUGGGACCAUGCUGACAUUGGUGUGUGUGUGUGUGUGUGUGUGUGUGUGUGUGUGGGACCCAGCUGACUGAUGUGAGGUAUCCCCCAUGUUUUUUUUUUAUAUUUUUUGUUAACCCAACAAUCUUCCAUCUCUGUUACUACUAGACACCUUAAAUUUGUUAUUGAUGAUGGACUCUUGUAUUUUUUUCAGUGACUUUUCUUUUGUACUGUUUCAUAAUAAGUCUGUUUUGUGUCUGCACACAUUAUUGAACCUAAAUUGAGUACUGUAACCCGUUCCUCAUUCUCACCCAUCAAUGUCCAUUUGUUUCCUAUUUUUUAUUCUGUAAACUAUAUAUAAUUAUAUAAAUAACAACGAAAUAAACAGGAAACAGACAUUUUCAUCA